AUGCCCAGUUUUAACCGACAUUAUCAGUCUGAACAGUCGGCAUACCGCACUACAUCAACUUGUCUGAGUAUGGGUUCGUUGACUUCAACCUCAUCUCAAAUACCAUUAUCAGUUCCUACGAUCUCUACAACUCCAGACAUCAAUAAGUCACUACCACCACCUCCGACCGAAGCAGGGCGAAAGUCAGCCACAGUACGGUCUUUCUUUCGGAGUCGAUCUUCGAGCACCCAUCUCGACCCAUCGUACCUGCAACCUGGGCCACACUCUCAUAGCCAACGGCAUUUGUCUGCAGGGGCUCAUUUAAGUGUGGAUGUACACGGCCACUACCAACAGCAAUACUCUCGUAGCAUGCCGAAUUCGCCAUACGGACAAAGUCAUGACCCCACUCCAUUAUGUCCACCACUUGCUCGCAUCCAGUCAGCAAACCUGGCCUAUCGAGAUACAACACGAUACCAGCCCUAUCCUGCGAUGCACGAAUACCCAUCGCGCGUAAGCCCGGUGGACACACACUUUGAUGCUUCGCCUACCCGAGCGCGAACGUUUCCUGAUACUACAAUACUUAGUCCCACAGCCCGUAGUGUUGUGUCUAGCAGGCCACGGCCACACACUUGGCUGUCUCCCACAGAACCGUUCGCCGAUCCUUCACAGUUUCAUCUUUUCGUGGAAGCAACGACCGGUCUCCCAGAAGAUUCGGAUCCGUGGUCUCCUAAUGGUCCGAACCGAUUGCAGAGUUCUCUUUUCGCGCGCAGACCUAGCAAUGGAUCAAUACCAGUCCCGCCCCAAUACAUACCAGCACCGAUACCCGAUCGUACGCAUCAAACUGCAAGCUGGCAGAGCUUCGAACCGCCGCUCGCGUCUUCACGCUCUGUGUCUGCACCUAUGUCGAGCGUUCUGCGCCAAGAGACAUUUCAACCAUCUUACGCCAAUCUCACACCACAUAUGAAUGCUAUAAAUGCUGAGUUGGAGAUGUUGGGUCUCGAUGGGGAUGCUACACCAGAUGACGACGAACUUCCAGACUAUGCACAAAGCCAAGCAGAAAUGAACGCCAAGAAGCGGGCAGAAGCAGCAGCAAGAGCAAGAGACUUGGAGGCGAGAUGGCGCGGCGCCAGAGGCAGGAGAAAUUGA